CAAAAAAGCAAUCAACGGGUGUGAUCUUCGAUUAUCCUCCUAGAAAACGAUUUCCCAAAAAAACCAGCACUCCACUUUCCGUUAAUUAUUGGGUGUUAUAUUAAUCUAUGAGAAAUGUUCAAACGUGGGUAUGUUUGUAGUCCGAUCCUACGUAUACGAUAAAACCCACACGUCUCCCUCUUUUGUAGACUGGUCGAUACUUCCCAACCAACCUUAAUUAAUUAGCUUCCUAAAACUAAACAAACAUUGCACGAAGAUUAAUAUUUAACGUUGUAUAUAAUAUAAUGUUGGCAAAUUCCAAAAGGAAGUCAUCAUUUCUACUCUUCUUCAUAUUCUUUUCCAGUUGUAUAAUCUUUUCAUCUUAUGCUGAUGAAGACAACAAAGAGAAGGCGUCUCCUCAAGAAAUAUUACGCGAGACGUAUACCCUCUUUACCAAAGCUUCGUUGCAAUACUGGGAUAAUGUCAAAUCACUCAUCAACCAAGCUCAACUCAAAUUCACCCCUCCAGAUUUAGAAAACUCUGCAUGGGGCCACCACUCAUGCGAUGUGAUAGUUCGGGCAACUUAUAGCCAGUCACGAUCCAGUCCUAUCAUUCAUCUCAUGCAAGAUCCUGAUUUUUGUCUGUCUCCAAUAAUGUGUGGCACAAUCGUCUUGGACAUCCGGACGAUCUCAUUUUUAGUAGAGUUAGAGCAAAUCAUGUAAUUAUUUGUAAUAAAAUUGUUAGCUCAUCUUGUACUUCAUAUCAAAUGGGCAAGCAUGUUAAACUCCCAUUUGGCUCAUCUCUAUCUACUACUUCUUCUCCUUUUGAAAUAAUACAUAGUGAAUUAUGGACUUCACCAAUUUUAGUACUACAAGAGACCACUAUUAUGUACUUUUAUUGGAUAAUUUCUAACGAUUUUUAUGGAUUUAUCCUAUUCAACACGAAUCUUAAAUCUACUCUAUAUUUGUUCAUUUUCAUGCAUACAUUAAAACCCAAUUUAAUUCCCUUUUAACAAACUUUUCAAUGGGACAAUGACCGUGGAAUUUAUAACCAAAUCUUUCUUAAUUUUGGUAUUAAACAUAGUUUACAUUUUCAUUCUUCUUGCUCCUACACUUCUUUUCAAAAUGGUAACAGUGAACGGGCCAUUCACACAAUUACUACUAUUGCCCAAAUACUUCUUCUUCUUCACGCCUCUCUCCCUCCCAAAUUCUGGCCUUACACCGUUGAAAUGGCUACUUACCUUCAAAAAAUUCUCCCCACCUCUAUCCUAUUCAUAUCCUCUACCACAAUAUAGUCUCUGAUGACCAUUUUUCGCGUCUUGUGUGACCUGUACUGGAAAGCCGCCAUGAAUGAUGAGUUUGGUGCUCUUAUAUUAAAAAUAAGAUGUGAAAGUUGGUUCGUCGUCCCUGUGAUGAAUAUUACUUAGAUGGUCAUAAACCAAGCAUUUCAUCCCAGCUGGUUGUGAGGUUACCGUGCCUAGUGGGAGGUCUCGAGUUCGAAACCCGCUAGACACAUGAGGGUUUGAAACUCAAUGGAGUGAGUUUCAGCCCUGAUUACUCCAGGCUCCCCCCAGCCCCCCUCACCCAGACCCCAUGGAGUAAAAAAAAUAGAUGGUCAUAUUGCUUAUUUGCUCCUCUUUGUCGAUGAUAUAGUUCUCACGGCAUCUAUAGAUCAUUUUCGGUAAUCCAUUAUGCUCAACUCUGUGCUAAAUUUUCCAUGACCGACUUUGAGCCCAUUAAAUUAUUUCCUUGCGCAAUAGUUGUGACACAUCAUCCUAUUGGAUUGUUUUUUCCCAACAAAAAUAUGCAUGUACCCCAUUGCCUCAUGGAGUACCUUGGACACUGCCUCCGUCCUCCAGCCUCAUGGACACCGCCACCCUGCCCGUACUCCACUGCCUCAUGGAACAAAUCUUCUUCAACAUGACAAAAACAUCAUCUGCCAGGAUAGUUGGGCCUCCGCCCUCAGCAGGCCCAUGCUGCCACCAAUAGCCCUACGAAUAUUGGUUCAGCCAUGAGCACUUUGACACUUCCGGAAAAUACAUGGUACAUGGACUCGGGUGCCACAUCUCACAUGACGUCCAAAAAGGGAGUGGAAACAGAAGUUGAAGUGUUUGGGUGAAAGUGCAGAAGUGAUUCUGGUGCUCUAAUUUAUUCCUAGAAUCAAUUUUUUUAGAAGUUGGGGGAGACCAGCUUCUGAAAACUGCUCCUGCUUCUGCUUAUGGUUUAAAACAGAAGCAGAAGCAGAAUCAGUUCCAAACACCCCCUAACUCUUUUAGUGUAAACUCCUAAAUCCUCCCUCCAAUGAUUUGAUCAUUCUGAAUCGUUUCAUUGUGAAUAGCUAAAUCAUUCUUCUUCUCUGAGUUCUCAUCUCGACAUUCAGAAUUUGACUUCUGUACACAAACAAACCUUUCCAUUGAACUUUUUUUACUAAGCACUUC